CAGCACUUGGCCAGUAGGUGGCAGUAAUGAGUCCAGAAUCACAUCUUGUAGCACAACAACAAGACGAGGAGGAAGACGGACAGAGCGGUGGACUAAUGUCAGACAGGCUGAGGUGAAACAUGAAGACUCUGAUGGUGUUUGAUUUUGACCACACUGUGGUGGAUGACAACAGUGACACUUGGGUGAUCAGAUGCCUUCCAGGUCAGACUCUUCCUGACUCGGUGAAGAAUUCCUACAGAAAAGGCCACUGGACUGAGUUCAUGGGCAGAGUGAUGAACUACAUAGGAGACCAGAAGGUCAGCCCCGACAGGGUCCGCAGUGUGAUGGAGACCAUCCCCUUCACUGCCGGAAUGACGGACUUACUGACGUUCAUAUCAGAGCAUAAAAGCACCAUUGACUGCAUAGUCAUCUCUGACUCCAACACCAUGUUCAUAGACUGGAUCCUCCACGCAUCCGGAUUCCAGGCAGCUGUCGACCAGGUUUACACAAACCCGGCUAAGUUCAAUGAGCUCGGCUACAUGGAGGUGCAGUGCUACCACUCUCACGACUGCGAUCGAUGCCCCGUCAACCUGUGUAAGAAGAAGGUCCUGGAGCUGUAUCUGUCGGAGCAGUCUGACGGAGGCGUGGAGUACGAGCGGGUAUUUUACGCGGGGGACGGCGGGAAUGAUCUGUGCCCUUCUACCUGUCUGAGAGGGCAUGAUGUUGUGAUGCCCAGGAAGGGGUACACCCUGGAGAAACUGCUGGCCAAACUGGAAAACAACGCUUCUCUAAGAGCUAAAGUCAUUGCCUGGAGCAGCGGCACUGACAUCCUCGAGGAGCUGAAAGCAAGUAUGCAGCCGUAGCCUCGGCCAUGGAGUGCAAUACUUGAUCGAAAUCUCAGUCGUAAAUGAAAUAUUGCACUUGCGGGAAAAUAUGGAGUGUGUGCUGCUCCCCGUGAUUGUUUUUAAAAAAUAAAUUAAUAUUAUGAAGACAGUAUUUAUAAUUUUUUAAAGUUGGUAAAAUUAUUUUAAUUAAGAUGCAAAUCCUUGAAAUGUUAUAUUUUCCUAAACAGUAACAGCCCCCUCAAACAAGGUUGGACUCUCAGUUCUGAUUAAGGAUUUGCCUUUUAUUCAGGCGGAGGUGGAGAAUGGGGCCCAAUUGAAAUAUAAAUACAGUACAAAAACAAUGUUUACAUUGAACUGAAAUUCAGGGAUCAAGAUUUACAGAGAAGUUUAAGACAGCAGGUUGACUGGUAAGACAGUAUGUGUUAUAAUGGCAACUGGUGCUCAGUUGUUCAGUCUUCCUGCUAAGCUAAGUUAAUCAAUCACCAUAUUUGGAUGGCAGACUUGAUAGUAGUACUGAUCUUCUGAUUUAAAGGUGCUGAUCGCGAUAUUCAGAGCAUAUUUAUUGCUUCCACACGGCUCUCAACAUGGCGACAGCUGAGCCGACGGCUCGCAGCUAAUAGUACUAACAGAGCAAACAGUGUUUACCUAAGGGGGAACUGGAGGGGUGGGUGCCAGGCUUCCACGACGACGAUCAGGACGGCGUUAUCAGCUGUAACCGCCGUAUGAGAACAGUGCAGAGCGGCGGCUGUGAACUAGCCAGUGGGGCAUGUUCACAUGCACUAAAAGGCAUGUAUGGCCGUCCCAGCUAUGUCAACAAAGCACAGAGAAGCUCAAAUUAAAACACACACAGAGGGAGAGAGACUUCAUUCUCUGCUCAGGUAGACAUUACGCCUCUAUAUCUUUACACAGACAAUAGUUGUUUGCUGCUAUAUUAGUGCUCUGAAUAUCGUAUAGAGCACCUUUAACUCUGGACGAGAGAGCGAAUAAGUGCAUUUCCCCCCCAAAAAAUCUCUUAAGAGUAUCUUAAAGCCAGGUAUCAACUGGUGUAGCCAUCUUCCAACCACAUUGAAACACAAUAUUCUAUAUUUUCAGUACUUAUUUUGUCAUUACAAUAUGUUUAUAAGUUAGAGUUUACAGAGAUCAGUUAUGUAUGAAGCCUUUGCAGGGCACUUCAGCUAACUUAUGUGCUUUUAAACACACUAUAAAACCUACAAAUACACUUUAUGAUUUUACCAAUGUAUUAGCAGUAUGUAUUGAAUUGCAAUAUGCCUUUUUUUAUUACAGCAGACUUGUCAUAGAAGGAAAAGCACAGAUCAGUUCUCAAAAUAUGUCUCUGUUCUAUUUAAGUGUCCCUGUGAGCCAGAAUGCAGAAUACCUAGACGCUGAAACUGAAGCAGCUAAAUGAAAUUAUUCAUUUUUUUCAAAUUUACAUCUGUGCUUUUCCUACUGUGACAUAUCUAAAUGUCUCCAGUGAAAAAGGCGUAUCAUAGUAUAGCUAAUAAUUACAAUUUUAGAUCAGGGCCAGUAACCAGCAUUUUGAGCGUAACACCUCGACAUUAAUUUACCUCAGUUGCCCAAUUUGCUAUUAAGAAAUAAAAUGAAUAAAUCUGUCUUGCCAAAUCCAUUGUUCAUAAUGUGUCAAAGUUGUCUAAUGGUACUUAAUCUUACCACUGAAAGUAUAACAGCACUUAUAAUAGGGAGAAUAACUUCCAUGAUCGCUACAAACCUUUAAGAUCAUACAGUAGGAGAACACAUAACUGAGCUAAUUACAGUAGGUAUUACCCAUAGUUGGAUUAUGGAUUAUAUAUUUUUGCUCUUGUAUCUAAUAUAUGCUGCUCUGUGGUUUUGAACAUCUCUGACCUUCAGUGAUUUUGACUGUUUUACAUCUCAGGUCUGUGGUUUGUAGUCCAACAUGUGAAGCUAUUUUGAUUGUUUAAACCAGGUUUGGAUUUGUGUUGACUGAGUUGGCUCAAUUGAACGGCAUAAACCUAAACUAACUGUUUACGCUAAAUGAACAAAAAGUCUCAGAACUGCUGUUUUUACAUCCAUCCAAUGCUUCACACUGGUUUUAUUCAAUAAUAUUAUCCAGUUUACUGUUUGAGAGAGUUUUAGACCGGCUAUGAUAGAGUAUGUUAUUCCAACUUAAAUGUUCAUGGAAACAUGCGUUGAGAGAUUUUGGUUGACACUGUCAUGAAGCAACAUGUGAAAUAUGACUUGUUUAUUCUUAAUCAUGUGAUUCUGAUGAUGCAAUUAAAACCAGAAACCUCUUGGA